AUGCUUGCAUUCAAUUGCGCAAUGCUAGUAUGUGGUCUUUCCAGCAUGGUAAAAGCUGAGGCACUGAACCUGCAAACAAAAAGUUACGAAUUGGCUAAUUUUGACGUGGGUACAGUUAUCUGUGGAAUAUUGAUUUUUGCUGCUGGUGCUGUUACUAUCGCAAAAGCCUUGGAAAACGGAAACGAGGAGUCAUCUACUGAAUCUUCAACAAAAGAUAAAUUAUCUCCUUUACAUAAGACUGAGUAUAAAUGA